AUGCAUUCAAAACUUUACACAAUUAUACCCCUCCUAUUUCUAUAUAUUCAAAUCCCAUUCAUUUCUGGCGAAGCAACCCCAGCCCAUGAAGAAGUAGGAUUUACUCAAGACCGUAUCGGAGCGAAACACCCCCCACGAGACUCUGUAGUUCCGUUAGAGGAUCCAAUAACCUUCAGUCGACCCACAAGGUCCGAGGUCGAUAGACCCAGACGUGUAGUCCAACUAAACGGUAGCAAAUUCCCCGCGGGGCCCUCAUUCCCACCUAUCCCAGGCUUCAACCCUCUUAAGGGCGACUUCAUCCGCGGCGGCCUUGUAAGGGUAGUUUCAAUCCCUCCAGAGCGAAGGUUAACAGCCGCUCCAAUUGCUGGACCUCUGAGACCAUCCAUAGGUCCCACUCAAACAUUCCGAAUCAGUGUUAGGCCAAUCCAACCUGAUAUCGUUCGUCGCCAGGAGGAAUUUGAAAAUAUCAUCAUAACUCCGGCGCCGGAGCCAACUAAUGCUUUUGUCCCUGACGACUGGCCGACUUCUUGGACUUCUUGGACCAUAACAACUCGAAUUAUGGGAAUAGAAGGUGACCUGGAAUGGGUGGAAAUGAAGCCUGUAGUACCGUGGAGGGAGCCUGCGCAUGCGUCGCCAGUUAGAAAUGGAAAUACGGGGCCUGGCCUUAAGAGACCAAACCAUAGUAAUACCAGUACGACUAUGAGCGUGGAGACACCCCGGAGUUCUAAAGAUAGCGUUGAUGAUACUGUGGAUAUUCAGUCUCUGCAACCACUUGCGCCAGGUGGUGACCCCAAAGAGCAGAACUCGCCCGUGGAUCCUGAUUCCGAAGAGGUUUCCCAGGAUACUCGGGGUUUAGAUCAUGAAGAGUCACAGAUUCCUGAACAAAGCCUAGAACCUAUUAGGAAAAGAGAUCGAAUCCAGAAACUGAACCGCAGAUCCAGGGCCAUGAAAUCCUAG